AAAAAAAACACAAUAAGAAAGUUAAAAUAAAAAAAUGUCUCCUUAAUAAAUAAAAAUACUCAAUCAGUUUGCAGUUAAUUUACUGGGAGUCAAAAAAGAAAAAACUUACUGGGAGAGUCAUCAACUCAUCUGAGGUAGUUAUUAAACCGUAAUAACAAACUUACGGUUAGAAAAACAAACGGUCAAGAUCCAUCUAACAACCAAACUCAAUCCUCAACCGUCAGAUCUUGACGAAACUCGAUUUCACUAACCGUAAGAUUCUCAUCACUCCGACGGUAUCUUCUCAAACACUCUCCGUUCCGUUUCAAAUCAAACCGCCGAAACUCCUCCAACUCAACCUCCGUCUCCAACGGUGAUGAAACCCUAACCUUCCGAUCAACGAAACGAUGCCGCUUCCGAUACUCGAGACCUGCCGUAAGCGAAAGAGGAGGCCGAGCGUGUACAGUCUCCAGCGAUUGGGGGAAGAAGAGUUCCCGAUUAGCCGGAGCGGUAGUUUCCGAGACAACGUAAGGGUUUUUCUCCGGGAGUUCGCGGAGGUCGAGGAGUAUAACGUCGGUGGAUCGCCUGUUUGGUGUACGCUUCUCAGCCACGAGGCGAAGAGCACAGUGAUCCCUCUGUAUACGAUCGAAGAAGACGUUGGUCGAUCGUCUGAGCCCUAUUGCGAUCACUGCAGAUGCACAGGAUGGAGCCAUCACUUUGUGUCAAAACGGAAGUAUCAUUUUAUCAUACCAAUGGAUACUGAGUGGAAUAUGCCUCUAGAAGACGAUGUAUUCGAUCUGCAGACGCAUCUCUUGCAUGGACUGAUUCACACUAACGGGUUUGGACAUUUGAUUUGCGUCAAUGGUUUGGAAGGAGGGUCCAGAUUCUUGUGCGGGAGAGAAGUGGUUGAUCUUUGGGAUCGAAUUUGUACCAGCCUCGGAGCUAGGAUGAUUACUGUUGAGGACUUGUCUAAGAAGAGGUCGUUGGAUCUUCGUUUGCUGUACGGUGUGGCUUAUGGACACUCGUGGUUUGGGAGAUGGGGAUACAGGUUCUGUCGUGGAAGCUACGGUGUGACUAAGAACGAUUACGAGAAUGCUAUAGAGCUGCUUGGUUCCCUUGAAAUAGAUCAGAUUGAGUUUGACUUUGGAGAGCAUAAACAAUGCAAACGGAUCAAGCAGGUUUUCCGGUACUACAGAGAGAUGAGUGAAGGCAACUUGAAGACGUUUAAGGAUCUUUUGAGGUUUAUCCUUAUCAUCAAGUCUUAUGGUCCUCAAAAGAACAAGCUUCACGCUACUCCUCCUCCUACUACUCUCUCAACUGAUUCUCCUCAGAAGAAAAGAUCAAGCAGGUUGUUUUUGAAGAAAAGCGAUGCCGUGGAGAGUGAGAAGUUUCAGGGAUACAGGAGUUACAGCACCGUGGCAGCUAAUUUGGGAAGUAGAUGGCCUGUGAGAAGACUGGAGUUCGCUGCUGAGGUCAUUGUGGAGGCGCUAAAAGAGAUGAAAGCACUGAAGAAGAGUGGUAUGACUCGGCAAGAUGUCAGAGACUCAGCUAGGUUGCAUAUUGGAGACACGGGUCUGCUAGACUACGUGUUGAAGUCGAUGAACAACGUGGUUGUUGGGAAUGUUUUGGUUCAACGCUAUGUGGAUCCUGUCACAAGGAUUCUUCACUACACAAUACAAGAGCUUGAUGAUGAUGCUAAACUGGUAGAACAGAAGACAGAUCCUGUGAUAGAGGCGGUUCCUUUGAGAUCUGUUGUCACUGAACCAAAACCUGGAGGUCAUGUUUAUGAGGAUCUGUUGUUACUAUACACGAAUGUGCUGUUGAAUUACCCAAACUCCGAGUCAGUGAGAUCUGCAGCUCAAGUAGUCCUAGACAGCAAACAUUUCAUCAAGGAGUGGCCUUUAUGGGACAACGAUGACAAACUCUUCCGGUUUGUUUGCCGUAUCAAUCCAAGUUUGGUUGGUUUGAGGUCAGAACAGUUCACAGAGCUACCUCCAGGUGAACUAGUCACAGUCUCGUUACAAGCCACAGUGUUUGAUCUAAAGCAAGCCAUUGAAGAAACUUUCAGGGAUACUUACUGCAUCUUGACAAACUUUGUGGUGAGUGAGAUCGAUGAGCUGAAGGAAGCUGAUGCUGAAGAUGAUAGCAGCAACUUGCUGUUUGGUAAACUCGAGUCUUGUUCUGCUUUGACUGUGAGAGGAUUCGGGAUUGAUUUGGAAUCAAACCUGAAGUUCCAAGGUGGAUGUGACACGUGGAUGGUGAGAUGUGUUUGCAGAGCUAGAGAUGACGAUGGGGAGAGGAUGAUUUCUUGUGAUGUCUGUGAGGUUUGGCAGCACACAAGAUGCUGUGGUAUUGAUGAUUCAGAUACUUUGCCUCCACUUUAUGUUUGUUCGAGUUGCUGUGAUGAAUUUGCAGAGCAGCAGAAGAGAGUUUUGCAGCCCAAGUACGAGUUUCAGAAUCCAGAUCAGGUGUUGAUGAUUGGAGCAGCAGAUGAUUACUUUGGGGACGAAGAUGAGGGAUGUCUUGGAAUGAUGAUGUUUCCUUCAGAGAGUUUUGAUAGUGAACAGUUCAUUUUGUAAACCAUUUUUUUAGGAGUCAAACACUGAUGAUUUUUUGGUUUGUAGAUAAAAUCAUUCUUUUGUAAAUCAUCAUCUUGUUUAGACAUUUUUGUUACAAAGCAAAAUGCAUUGUAACAGUUUGGUCUCUCUUUAGAAUUAGUUCCAAAAAUAAAACAGUUUGGUCUCUGGUUUAGAUUGCUUGCAGAACAAGGUGUUACAAAUGUUUAGACUUCUUGUCUUUUUUGAAUCAAAAUUGUCUAUGAUUUAGAAAACAAAUGUUGUUUCCACUUAUUAACAAAACAUAAGUAAUUUUCUUUUGAAUCAAGAUGGCUUCUUUAAAUGUUUAAAUUCAAUAGAAGAAUCAGAAACAUCAACAAAUCCAUUCAUCUUCAUAUAUCUAUUCAUCAUCUUCAACAACUCUGUAACUUUCUCCUUCGUUCCUUCUCCACAUCCAACUUGUAACAUCACCACAAGCUUCUUAAACGCACCUAAACGCAACGCUUCUUCAACCUCAGACCCAUCUCCACUUUUACAAAUCUUCCACAUCACAGAAACCAAACUCUUCUUGGCAAACUCCGAAAUCUUCAGAAUCUUUUUCACAAGAAUCGGCAUCGUUAGCUCGUUUCCUCUCACUAUCUCCCUCCCUUCGUCACUUUCGCAAAUCGCGUCUAGAACCAGUAACGCUUUCUCGCAAACGCUAUUCUCUGAGUCAACAAGCAUCUCAACCGUUGAAUUAACCAAACCUAGUUCCAGAAACCUCGUCGUAGUCUCAGGUUUAGCAGAGAUCAUGUGGAAGAUCGAAGUCAGGGACGAAGAAUCGCGAAUCGAUUUCACCAACGCGUCGAAAACGCCAUUAACCGCGGCUAACUUGUGAACGUUUGCUUCAUCAAGAGAUAAAAGCUCUUUCACAAUAAACGCAGCGUUCUGAUCCCCGCUUUUCAGAAACCCCACUAAACGACUAAACGACGCCGUGGAAGUUAACUUCCCUUGACCCUCGGACCCAACCGGAAACAUCCACGUCAGCAAAAACAAAACACCCUCCAACAGCUCCGACACGUUCGCGUUUUCCGAAAACGCGUCGAAACAAACACAAAGCACCAACCCGGCGCCGUUUUGUCUAAAACAUUUCUUGUUCCUCUCGCUCUCCCUCCCUAACCUCACCACCUUCUCGACCAUCUCCGCACACACCACGUGAUCCCCACGCCGCGUCGCAGACAACAACUUCCCGCAAAUCUCCACCGCUUGAUGGCUCGUGACGGGGACACGUGGCGUCGGGAUACGAUCCAACGACGAUCCUUUGUUAGCGACGCACCAUUCUUGAAUCAUCCUCCGGAUCGCGUGGUUCGGUGUCUGUUCCAAAGUGGUUAGGACCGUGUUGGUCACGGGACACGUUUUGUUACCUGACUCGAACCAUUUCUCGAUGUUUUCGCGGUCGUAGGUGAUCCCUGAGGCGAUAAUCACUGGGUCUUUCAUUAGAUCGUAAGAUAUUGGACAUUGAAACUGCGACGGGAUCACUAUCUCUUCCUCCUCCGAGGAGGAGGAAGUAAUCGCUGGAGUUAAUACGUCGUUCUUGGUCCCUCCUCGCCGUCUCAUUCUCAAAGAAAGUCCCAUAACAAGAGAGGGAUUAGUUAAGAAACUAUUAUAAGAAGUCUUUAAA